AAUUACAGCUUGCAGGACUUUUCAGUGCAUGAGGGUAUGAGCUUUGUUUAAGUAGUCGCCGUGUAUCAGGAAGAAAUCAUAGUGUUGUGAGGCUCUAAACACAAAUGAAUAUUUGGAAUUGUAAGUGAUAUUUUGUCCUGUCUUUUCUCCUACUGAAAUGGCCUGGACAGGGAACACCAGCAUCCCAGAAACUCCAGAAGCGAAGAGGACAUCAAAAUUAUCUUAUUUCAAGAAUCAAAGAGGGGUACAUUUCCUAAAUAUAUCUUCAGACAGUGAAGAUGAAGAACCGAACAACUUCCAUGCUGCUGAAGAAAACCACGCUCCAAGGAAAGAUGCAAUUAUAAUCUCUAAACAAUCUGAUGAACAACCUGAAGAUGGACUACCCAAACUGGCUUAUAUAAAUGGUGGAGAUCAAGUGCCGGGCAUGGAGGAGGAUGUAGAGGAAGACAUCAGAGAUGCAAAGUUGCAAACACUGAAAGAACUUUUCCCCCAAAGAAGUGACUUGGAAUUAUUACAAUUGAUAGAAUCAGCAUGCACAAUGGAUGAAGCAAUAGCUGCUGGUUUGAAGUUCAAUGAUGAAGCUGUCUCUCGUAAAAGAAAACUAGAACGUUCUCCUACAAAUUGUGAUGGCACGGAUGACCGAGUCGCAAAAAAGCAAAAAGCUUAUUCUGAGGAUGGGUCAAAAUCCCCAAAAGAGUGGGAGAAGAAAGAGAUGCUUGUGAAGAAGCUGCAAAACACAUUCCCUGGAUUGGAUAAGGAGGAACUGAGAGAUGUACUUCAAGAACAUAACUGGGUGUUUCAUGAAGCUCUGGAGGCCCUGAGAGUAUUUGCAGAAGACCAUGAGGAUACAGAGUAUCCUUCCAAAAGUGAAGUUUCUCAUUGGAAGGAAGUCUCCAAAAACAGCAGAAGUGUUGAGAAUGAAGUGCAACUGAAACAGAAAUCUUCUAUGAAAGAGCAGAAUGGCUUUAGGAAAAAGGAUAAAGGCAAAAAAGGCAUUUGGAACCCUAAAAGAGAAAUAGAGGAUUCAGAGGACGACUCGGCUUCGGAAGGUGGCAGCUCCCUUGAUGAGGACUACAGCAGUGGUGAAGAAGUGAUGGAGGAUGGUUACAAAGCAAAAAUCCUCAACUUCCUGCAAGAUGCUUCCCCAAGCGAGCUCACUUUGAUUCCCCAGUGCUCUCAGAAAAAAGCUCAGAAGAUAAUAGCGCUCCGGCCCUUUAAUAGUUGGGAAUCUCUGUUUACGAAAAUGACUAAAACUACAGGCUUGUCGGAAGACAUAGUGUGGAACUGCAAGAUACUGCUGAAAGAGAGGGAUGUGGUUCUAAAACUCAUGAAUAAAUGUGAAGACAUUUCAAACAGACUGACAAAACAAGUAACCAAGAUCACCGAAGAUGGAGAAUGUGGAUGGAACAUAGAGCAACCCUCCGUUUUGAAUCAGAGUUUGGAACUCAAGCCAUAUCAGAAGAUUGGAUUGAACUGGUUAGCACUCCUGCAUAAACAUGGGCUGAAUGGUAUUUUGGCUGAUGAAAUGGGCUUAGGAAAGACGAUUCAAGCUAUUGCAUUUCUGGCAUAUCUGUACCAAGAGGGCAAUAAAGGUCCCCACUUGAUAGUUGUGCCGGCUUCAACAUUAGAUAACUGGAUAAGAGAAGUUCAUCUGUGGUGUCCUGAACUGAAUGUCCUUUUUUAUUAUGGAUCUCAAGAAGAUCGGAAACAUCUCAGGGUGGACAUUAAUAAUAAAGUUGUAGAUUUCAAUGUGAUUGUAACCACGUAUAACUGUGCAAUUAGCAGUUCAGAUGAUCGAAGUCUUUUUCGCAGGUUGAGACUUAACUAUGCAAUUUUUGAUGAAGGUCAUAUGCUAAAGAACAUGAGCUCUGUACGCUACCAGCACCUUAUGACAAUUAAUGCAAAGAAUCGCUUACUGCUAACAGGAACUCCGGUUCAAAAUAAUCUGUUGGAAUUGAUGUCUCUCUUGAAUUUUGUCAUGCCGCAUAUGUUCAGUAGUAGCACAAGUGAAAUUCGAAGGAUGUUCUCUUCAAAAACAAAGAAUGCUGAAGAGCAAAGUGUAUAUGAAAAGGAGAGGAUUGCACAUGCAAAGCAGAUAAUAAAACCAUUCAUCUUGAGAAGAGUAAAAGAUGAGGUCCUUAAACAACUACCUCCCAAAAAAGAUCUCAUUGAACUAUGUGCCAUGUCUGAGAAACAGGAGCAACUAUACUGUGACCUCUUGAACAAGUUGAAGAAAACUAUUAACAGUAAUGAGAAAAAUUCUGAUAUGGGAAACGUAAUGAUGCAACUUAGAAAAAUGGCUAAUCACCCUCUCUUGCAUCGACAGUAUUAUACCACUGACAAGCUCAGGACAAUGUCCACGCUCAUGCUCAAGGAACCCACACAUUGCGAUGCUAACCCUGACCUUAUCUUUGAAGAUAUGACAGUAAUGACGGAUUUUGAGCUGCAUUUGCUUUGUAAGCAAUAUUCUCAUGUCAGUGACUUCAAGUUAGACAUGGAUCAGAUUUUGGAUUCUGGAAAAUUUAGAACGCUGGAACGCAUUCUCUCUGAUCUUAAGGAAAAGGGUGACAGAGUAGUAUUAUUUAGCCAGUUUACUAUGAUGCUAGAUAUCUUGGAAGUUCUCCUGAAGCAUCGGCAACAUAGGUAUAUCAGGUUGGAUGGAAAAACACAGAUUUCUGAGAGGAUACAUCUGAUAGAUCAGUUCAAUACAGAUAUGGGUAUAUUUGUGUUCCUCCUGUCAACCAAAGCUGGUGGCUUGGGAAUUAAUCUGACCUCAGCAAAUGUUGUUAUUCUUCAUGACAUUGAUUGCAAUCCGUACAAUGACAAGCAAGCAGAGGAUCGAUGCCAUAGAGUAGGUCAAACGAGAGAAGUACAAGUCAUAAAACUAAUCAGUAAAGGGACUAUUGAAGAAUCCAUGCUCAAAAUCAGCCAGCAGAAAUUGAAGUUAGAACAAGAUAUGACCGCAGCUGAUUCAGGAGAAGAAGGGACCAUUCCAGCAGAUAUAGCCACAUUAUUAAAAGCUUCAUUAGGUCUCUAAAAUGUAAAUAUGUUGUAGAAUUUAAGGAAAAAAGGCAAUGUUGUACCCCAAGGACUCUUACAGUACUGAUGACCAUGAGUUUUAUGAACAUUUAUAACUUUUUGUAGUUUCUUUAUUGUAUUUCUCAUGGUAUUGACAAUUUUUAACACUGAGAGCAUUCUUUUUGAUGCUUAAAAACAAAAACAAAUGGCACAAAUAUAGUGGAUCAGAUGCCAAAUAAAUGCUGUUUUACAGAGCGGUUUUCAAAAUGGGGACCUGAGUAGUGAUUAUUUCAACAGAUCUGCUACUGCUUAAGAUUCAUCAGUAUUUUUGUAAUUAUUUCUACCUCCA